AUAUAACUGAGUCCAGAAAAAAAAAAAAAAAAAAAAAAACAGUAAGGAAAACCCGAUCUCCCAUGGCUGCCGCCGCCGCCGCGUCCUCCUCCAUUUCUGCCACCAACAACAAUCAUCCCCACCAUCACCAAUCGCUUCAAAGCGCCCAUCUUUCCUUCUCACAGUCCUCACUUUCCCUCCACAAUCACAAGUACAAACUCCCCUUUCUCUCCUCUCAGUUCCGGAUUUCCAAUCCCCGCACGCCUUCUACCGUUUCCAAUGCGGUCGAGACUCUCCAUCAAUCCCAUUCCCUCUCCAAUUCCCCAGAUCCAUCUUCCCUCCACAGAUCCUCCGGCCCCACCAUUCUCGUCUCCGAGAAACUCGGAGAAGCUGGCCUUGACUUGCUCCGGAGCUUCGGAACUGUCGAGUGCUUGUAUAAUUUGUCGCAGGAGGAACUCUGCGAUAAGGUUUCCCAGUGCGACGCGCUGAUCGUGCGGAGCGGCACCAAGGUCACUCGCCAGGUGUUCGAGUCGGCCAAGGGGAGGCUCAAGGUGGUCGGACGCGCCGGAGUUGGGAUUGAUAACGUGGAUCUGCAGGCGGCCACCGAGUUCGGCUGUUUAGUGGUGAACGCUCCCACGGCGAACACCAUUGCCGCCGCAGAGCAUGGGAUUGCCCUCCUUGCUUCUAUGGCCAGGAAUGUUGCUCAGGCUGAUGCUUCUGUAAAAGCUGGAAAAUGGCAACGCAAUAAAUAUGUUGGUGUCUCUCUUGUUGGGAAGACAUUGGCUGUCAUGGGAUUUGGUAAAGUUGGUUCUGAGGUUGCAAGACGUGCCAAAGGGCUUGGAAUGAAAGUCAUUGCCCAUGAUCCCUAUGCUCCUGCUGACAGAGCACGAGCUAUUGGUGUUGACUUGGUAUCUUUCGAUCAGGCCAUCUCUACAGCGGAGUUUGUUUCGCUACACAUGCCUCUUACUUCUACGACGAACAAGGUAUUCAAUGAUGCAACAUUUGCAAAGAUGAAGAAGGGAGUUCGCCUAAUCAAUGUUGCUCGUGGUGGCGUUAUAGAUGAAGAUGCUUUAGUAAGGGCGCUAGACAAUGGAACAGUUGCCCAGGCUGCCCUUGAUGUGUUCACAGAGGAGCCCCCAGCCAAAGAUAGCAAACUAGUUCAACAUGAGAAUGUUACAGUUACGCCGCAUCUUGGGGCCAGCACAAGGGAAGCACAGGAAGGAGUUGCAGUUGAAAUAGCAGAGGCUGUUGUUGGUGCACUGAGGGGGGAGCUCUCUGCAACUGCGGUCAAUGCUCCAAUGGUUCCUCCGGAGGUUUUAUCUGAAUUAGCACCUUACGUAUCCCUAGCUGAGAAGCUCGGUAGGCUGGCUGUACAACUGGUAGCCGGAGGAAGUGGAAUCCAAUCCGUUAAGGUUGUCUACAAUUCAUCUCGGGAUCCAGAAAACUUGGAUACCAGGCUUCUGAGGGCCAUGGUAACAAAGGGCAUCAUCGAGCCGAUCUCAGAUGCCCACAUUAACCUUGUCAAUGCAGACUUCACCGCCAAGCAGAAAGGGAUUCGCAUCAGUGAGGAAAGGAUCACAAUGGUCUCAUCCAAGGACGCCCCUAUUGACUCAAUCCAGGUUCAGAUAAGCAAUGUCGAAUCAAAAUUCGCCAGUGCCCUGUUGGACAACGGAAACAUCAGCAUUGCCGGGAAAGUGAAGUUUGGAGUACCUCACCUGACACUCGUCGGAGGCUUUAGCGUUGACGUGAGCCUGGAGGGAAACCUCAUACUCUGCCGGCAGGUGGAUCAGCCAGGAAUGAUUGGCCAGGUUGGGAACAUCCUCGGCGAGAAUAACGUCAACGUAAGCUUUAUGAGCGUGGGGAGGAGUGUGAAGCGUACCAAGGCUAUCAUGGCAAUUGGGGUCGAUGAAGAGCCCGACAAGGAGACUCUUGCCAAGAUUGGAGGGGUGUCUGCAGUUGAAGAGUUUGUGUUCCUUAAGCUUUAGCAGAACUAUGGAGUUUGGUGUUUUUGUGACCUGAUGAAAUAAGCUAGGCAGCGGCUGUUUGUGCUGUUCUCAGUUGAUUAUUAUUUUCCUAUCAUUUGGGGAUGAUCUGUAGAACAAGGUAAUGCUUCCUAUAAUUGUAUGUGGUGAUGUGUUCGUGCUUGA